CUAUCAAUAGCAUUGCUCCCAUCAGGGCUCCUAUAAAAUGAAGCUUUUUCCCAUGAAACAUCAGCAAACAUUUUGACGGGUCUGGCUUGCCCCUGCUGGAUUACUGAGCCUGUCUUCUCUCUCACUUCCCCUGUGUGUCUGAGGAGAGGACAGUACCUAACCCUAGGGCUGUUUUUUUGGGGGGUUUUGUAUACAGUCCAUGGGAAGAGUAUGCAUUGUGGGCUACUGGAGGAGCCGGACAUGGAUUCCACAGAAAGCUGGAUUGAAAGGUGUCUCAGCGAGAGUGAAAGCAAGAGGUACUCCAGCCAUGCAUCCUUGGGAAACGUCUCUAAUGAUGAAAAUGAGGAAAAGGAAAAUAAUAGGGCAUCAAAACCACAUUCCACUCCAGCAACUCUCCAGUGGUUGGAGGAAAAUUAUGAAAUUGCUGAAGGAGUAUGUAUCCCUCGGAGUGCUUUGUAUAUGCAUUACCUGGAUUUCUGUGAGAAGAAUGACACACAACCUGUUAAUGCUGCAAGCUUUGGAAAGAUUAUUAGACAACAAUUUCCACAGCUGACAACAAGAAGACUAGGCACGAGGGGUCAGUCUAAGUAUCACUACUAUGGGAUUGCAGUGAAAGAAAGCUCUCAGUAUUAUGAUGUGAUGUAUUCCAAAAAAGGAGCAGCUUGGGUAAAUGAGACAGGGAAGAAGGAGGUCACAAAACAGACAGUGGCAUAUUCACCACGCUCCAAACUCGGAACGUUGUUGCCAGAGUUUCCAAAUGUCAAAGAUCUAAAUCUGCCAGCAAGCCUGCCAGAGGAGAAGGUUUCUACGUUUAUUAUGAUGUACAGAACUCACUGUCAGAGGAUACUGGACACUGUCAUAAGGGCAAACUUUGAUGAGGUACAAAGUUUUCUUCUGCACUUUUGGCAAGGGAUGCCUCCCCACAUGCUUCCGGUGUUAGGAUCCUCAACGGUGGUGAAUAUUGUCGGUGUCUGUGACUCCAUUUUGUACAAAGCCAUUUCUGGGGUCCUCAUGCCAACUGUUUUGCAAGCAUUGCCAGACAGUUUGACUCAGGUGAUACGGAAGUUUGCAAAACAGUUGGAUGAAUGGUUAAAAGUUGCCCUUCACGAUCUACCAGAGAACCUACGGAACAUCAAGUUUGAAUUAUCAAGGAGGUUUUCACAGAUCCUUCGGAGGCAGACAUCCUUAAAUCAUCUCUGUCAGGCCUCCCGGACAGUGAUCCACAGUGCUGACAUCACAUUUCAAAUGCUAGAAGACUGGAGGAAUGUGGACUUGAACAGCAUCACAAAACAGACUUUGUACACAAUGGAAGAUUCAAGAGAAGAGCACCGGCGACUCAUCAUACAGUUAUACCAGGAAUUUGACCAUCUUUUGGAAGAACAGUCCCCGAUUGAGUCUUACAUAGAGUGGCUGGAUUCCAUGGUGGACAGAUGUGUUGUCAAGGUUGCUGAAAAGAGGCCUGGGAGUUUGAAGAAAGUUGCCCAACAGUUUCUGUUGAUGUGGUCCUGUUUUGGAACAAGGGUCAUUCGUGACAUGACUUUGCAUAGUGCUCCUAGUUUUGGUUCAUUUCACCUCAUUCACUUAAUGUUUGAUGAUUAUGUACUGUACCUGCUGGAGUCUCUCCACUGCCAGGAAAGAGCUAAUGAGCUAAUGAGAGCAAUGAAAGAUGAAAGCAACACAGUGGAAAGAAGGGAAGAAAUAAUGCCAUCCUCAGAGCCCAAUGCCAUGACCCCAUCACCAGUGCCUUUUUCCCCUGCCAAGUCUGUCAGCUCAUCAGAAAUGCCAUCGGCACCCUCUCCUAUCAACGCUCAUUCCCCUGAGUACACUGGGAUUGCAACAACGACAGGAGCAAUACAGUCAUACACAUGGUCACUUACUUACACAGUCACAACCGCUGGUGGUACACCAACCGAAACACCUCAGCAACUGCCCUGCAUGAGAAGCACUCACAUACCCUCUACCACUGCAACACACCGGAUGCCUGUUUAUCCUCACAGAGAAGAUCAUGGGUACACAGGAGGAUACAACUACAGUGGCUACAGCAAUCAGCACCAUCAUCCAAUGCAGACCCAGUAUACAGCACUGUCACAUGACACGGGCAUCUCCACACCCCUUCAUUACCCAGCUUAUCACAGGAGCUCUUCACAGUACCCCUUUAACAGUCAGACAUCAAGAAUGGAUUCCUGUCUGAUGGGCAACACACCAAGACUGCACCCAACACCAGUGACACCUCGAUGGCCUGAAGUGCCAUCAGCCAACAGCUGCUACACAAGCCCAUCCAUGCACUCUACAAGGUACAGUAACUCUGGUGACAUGUAUACACCACUGGCUACCCGAAGGAGUUCUGAGUAUGAGCAUGUUCAACACUUUCCUGGCUUUGCCUACAUCAAUGGAGAGGCUACAACAGGAUGGGCUAAAUGAAAACAGCCUGGAAGAAGCCGUUUGCUAACUUAAAUUGUCAGACUGAAUGGCUUGGCUGUGCCUGCAUGGUCUGACUGAAGGCCUGAAACUGAGAAGCAGCAGUCUAUGAAGAAGGGGAUGAUUCAAAAUGGGAUCUUGUCUCCAGUUGCUUUCAGUUCAUAAAAUGAAAAGUCCAUGCCUUGCUGGCUGGUUUGGUCAACACAACCCUGAAUGUUGCCUUGGAGCACUACAUAGGCUAAACUGUGCCUUUUCCACCACCACUGUCACCUACUGUUCUAGUAGCGUUAUUGUACUCAUUUUUCUUUCUGUACUGAGCAGUGGUCACCAACAUGUGUAAAAGGGAAGUCAAUGAUGAAGCAUCCAAAUGUGGAACUGUUUUCAAUGAAGACAGCCAGGAAGUCUGAAACAGAUGCAUGGUCUUACAUUCACUGCCAAUAAGGACAGCAGCACAUCCAUCCCCCAUUUACAUCUCAGGACUCUCUACAACUCCUGCUGUCUGCACAGAAGGUUUGCAUUUCAAACCUUGAUCUGUACUGCUCUUUGGUAUAUUUAAGAUGCUGUUAAACUAUUAUUCUUGUGUAUACCUUACAUAGAAAUGAACAACCAUCAUCACUGACUGCAUAUGACUGCAAGCUGGAGUACAGAACAUGAUAUUUUGCAUCUUAUUUUAACAUACUGUUACUAUGAGAAAAACCCUGAAAAGGAGAGAGUAUCAUAGGUUAUCAGAAUGGCACUUUUUUCCUAACAUCAUGUUGCAGACAAACAUCUGGCUACAUGGACAGAAUAAUGGAAAAUUAUAAAGCACUCAUUAACUGUUGCCUGGUAGAAUAUACAAUUAUGUGUCUUUGGGCAGCCUAACGUCAUUCAGUAUUUGUAGCCAUUGGCAAGUGUCAAAGUAAUUUACAAUUUCAAAGCUUUGCCUUUGAAGUUAUAUUGCAUAUAUGUGAAAAUCUGUAUCACUGUUUUUUGACAGCAUUUGUAGACAUAUUUUUCUGUCUCACUUGUAGCAUUAUGUAUGAGUGUUUUCUUCCUUUUUAUUAGUUAUAAGUUUAACAUAGAGUUGCUGACUGUGUUAAAAAAAUGCACUCAGUUGUUAUUUUACGGACCUAUUACCCUAUGGGUAAGAAUAAUCAUUAAGAUACAUAAAAUUAUAAUGGCAGAUGUUUUUAUCAACUGUUUGUAAAUAAGGGCUUAAGCAGCACCCAGCAGAAUAAGCUGGGCUGUGGUUUAAAUGAAGAUAAUGUGGUAUUAUUUGUACAGAUGUGCAAGAUAAUAUGAAGGGUUUUUGGCAUACAAAUAAAAUGUAAAGACCCACAUAAUCUUUAUUAUUGUAUAAAUAUGAACGUUUUUAUUUUCUCCAUUAUGAGGAAAACACAACUGUUAAUAUUUAUGGCAUAUCAUCAUCUAUGGAAUAAUAUUUUGCUUUGAUCAAAGUGGAUCAUUAGGCUUUUGCAUACAGCAAUGUGUGAUUAUGUUUAAACCUAAAAAAUCUGCAAGGGGGCGAUAAAAUAACUAAAUGCAACUCUUUCCAUAAUUCAUUUUCAAAGUCUGCUACUUGUAGACUUCUAGUUGUUUUAUCUAGUCAUUUGCUGCUCUGCUUACUGUAGAACAGAUACACAAAGCUGUCAACUUUGGCUAUCAAGGUUUGACAGCAACUGCCAAAUGAAGCUGCAGGCAUGUGCAGAUGCAGAACCUCCACAAUGCCAGAAUUAAAUUGCAUUGUAGUAUUCUUCAUGGUUUCAGUGAAUUAUAAAUUUCUCACCAGUUAAUUAUUAAAAGAAAUACAUCUAGCACCACAUGAAAAAAUGAAACAUCAUCCUCAUGAGUUGUUACGCAUAUUUUUGGAAGCACCUCUAUUGUAGGCAUAAUGCAGAUUCUGGUACAAUAAUGCAGAAAACAAAUAAAAUGUAGGAAUUCUGUCUGAUAAACAGUGGUCGGAAGACUGCUAUUGCUUUUCUUCAA